AUGUCUCCAAGUCAUCCUCCGAAAGAGAUUCGGGUCCGUGUACCUCGCCACCACUCGCAGCGUGUCGGUCCUGCCUUGUCCGCCAAGAUCGUCUCCAUUGCCGCCACGGAGGGAAACGUGAAGGUCGACACUCGGCAGAGCAUUCACAACACGCAUGAAGCGGGUAGCGACCUGGUAAAGGCUAUCGAGAGCGCCAGCGAGUGGAACAGCAUGCUGGCGAGCGCACGCGCCGAGAGAGGUCCCCAGUGGGACGUAGCGACGCAAAUGCGAGUGUUCUUUGUGGACGAAGGAUCUGAAUUGUACUAUGACCCAACCCCAUUGCGAGGAGAACCCGCCGACGCAGCACCCCCCAAGGAAGAGCCCGCCGCCAGCUCUUCUCAUUUAUCCGGAUUUAAUUCCGUUCCUCAGGCUCAAGAAUUCGUGCCCAUGGCUAUAUCUCCCCAACUCCGGCGGGCCCCUAGCAUGUCCGGAGGCAUGAACGCUGCGCAUCCUUACGGCCAGCCCAAUCAGAAUCAACCCUUCUCCCCGAUCUCGCCGUACGGAGGGAUGAAUGCGGGCAUGGGCAACAUGGGCGCUAUGGGCGGCAUGGGCAUGAACAUGAGUGGCGGUAUGGGUGGACAAAUGGGUGGCAUGAACAUGGGAGGUGCAACCCAGGGCAAGGUGGUGGAGAUGGGGGAGUGCCCUUAA